AUGGCCGCCGAACAGCAGAGCAAGCUUGUGGUAGGCUACUGGGACAUUCGCUGUCUUGCCGAGCCCAUCCGCUUCCUGCUCGAGUACACUGGCCUGCCCUAUGAGGACCGCAGAUACGUGCAGGGCCACGCUCCCGAUUACUCAAGGGAGCACUGGUUUGGUGUCAAGAACUCGCUUGGCUUGGACUUCCCCAACCUGCCCUACCUCAUUGAUGGUGAUGUGAAGAUCACACAAAGCAACGCCAUUCUGCGCCACAUCGCGCGCAAGGCCAACCCUGCUCUGUUGGGCAAAGACCUCAAGGAGCAGGCCCAGAUCGACAUGCUCAUCGACGUGUUGGUGGACUUUAGAAACGAGAGCGUGGACAUGUUCUACUGCGACCCAAAUGAGUUUGCAGAGAAGAAGGCCCGGUUCUUGAAUCGCCUACCCGGCUCUCUCAAGCAGUUCGAUGCUUUCUUGGGAGACAAGAAGUUUCUUGCUGGUGACGAACCUACGGUGCCUGACUUCCACUUCUGCGAGAUGCUGAGCGAGCACGUCAUGAUGGAACCCCACUGCUUGCAGGGAUUUUCUCACCUGCAGGCCUACCUCGCUCGCUUCCGUGCGCUGCCCGCCAUCGAAGCGUACAUGAAGACCGACCGGUUCCGCAACACUCCUGUCAACAACAAAGUAGCCGCUUGGGGAGCGAACGCAACCGAGGCCUCCCACUGA